AUGCUGGCAGUUUCAGUAGAUGGAAACCGCAAGCAUUACCGUUUUAAGAAUGCAGCUAGAUCUAAAGAACAGGCCAUCUUUGAAGACGUCUUUAUAGCUAAGGAUGAAGAUGUGACAAGAUUUGUGGACUACAUUCACAAGACAUCCAAACAUGUCGGUGGAAGAGGUGUUUGUGGAGGGGAGUGGUCAGCAGCCAGAGAGACCUCCCAAAGAUCAGCAAGCAAGGUAGACGAGGAGGGAUUGGAGCUUGCGGUGUGUCGACACGGAGUGCUGCUCUGUGCUUUAAAUAUGUACAGGGGUGAAAUUUUUGCCUAUCCCCUGUACCUGCAAGAAAAGCUGGCCAGUAGGCAAAUCACUUUUUUUUGUAUGGAUGUGACCUGCAAAUAUUGGCCCUACCUCCAAAGAGUUGCAAAAAGCUGUCCAGAGCUCCAGCACCUUCUUAACAUGAAGCCCUUCCUUUCAGUAUUCCAUGCCAAAGCCCAUGAUUUUAAAUGCGAGGUGAAAUGGAGUGGGGCAUAUCAGGAUGGGGCUGGUUUGACACUAGGGGAGGAGGUGGAACAGUGCAAUGCUUUCCUGUCAAGGAUUGCAGUGACCACAAAACACAUGUCCAAAGCAGGACGCACAGACAUGCUGACACUCAUGGCCAUGCGCUGGAAUCAGCAAAAGUUAAACAAUUUGGCCACCACACUGACCCGCCGUUAUCAGAAGACCACAAAAGCUCUGCAAAGCCAGUUGCAAAACCUAGAGUCUAUAAAAGUCGAACUGGCAGUGACAGAGAGCCAAUUGGAAGACUGGCUCAAUGAUGUAAAGGAGUGGGCAGACGUAACAUCAACAACUUCCACAAAUGAUGUUGAUGCCUUGGCCAGCAGAAUUGAGGUGCUGGUGGCGAGUAUCAAGAGACUUUCCCAGCGUCUCUAUAAAGAUACAGAUGGUAACAAGGGUCGUGCCAGGAUCCGCCGCAAGAUCAGGGAGGAGAAGGGGAUCCUGACAUCAGUUGUAGAGAAAUACAACAGAAUGGUUCCAAACACUGAAACUCUGUGCUUGGAAACCAUUUUGUCUGGUGAGACAGCUUGGCCAUGGCAGCUACCACACAGUGACUCUGUCGAUCUAAGGACAAAGAGAAAGGCAUUCGACAUCAUCAUGUCAUUAAGGAGACUUCAGGAGGAGCAGAAGAUUCUUGUUGCAGAGAUGGACAACCAUUGGAAAUAUCUUUCAACUCGUGCUGAUACCCUUAGAGAACUGUCCUGCUUGUUUGCCAAUUCGCAAUGUGACCUAAGUGAAGAGGGUUUGAAAGGUCUGCAGAGCGUCAUCCACAGAAAGCAACGUAAAAUCAGAGAAAUGAGGGUGCAAGCAAGAGACUGUUACCUGCUAGUUUUGUCUGGAGCAGAGAACCUCAACUUCUUAAACAAACUGUCAGCUGAUGACUAUGACAGUGACUUCGAAAUCUCUGAUGACGAACUGUAA